ACAUCACUCAGUCGAUCACCUCUGUAGAUCCUGGUCCAUCCCAGCGAUAUACACCACCAACGAUGAAGGCCUUUGUAGUGUUUGCUCUUCUCAGCCUCGCAGCUGCUGACAAACGUCCUUCUCCUCCUUCCAAUGGUUAUGGAGCUCCUCCAGCUCCUCCAAGCAACGGCUAUGGAGCUCCUCCAAGCAAUUCCUAUGGCCCACCUAGGAACUCCUACGGAGUAGAUCCUCUUGCUGAAUUGGCACAGAACAUUCCUGGUGGAGGAGUUCCUGGAGAAGACUACCCAAUUUUGGCCUCCGUCCCAGAUACCGGUUUUUCCUGCGAUGCUCAGAAUGUCCCUGGUUAUUAUGCCGACACCGAUCGUGAGGCUGGCUGCCAGGUCUUCCACAUCUGCCAGGACAGGCCCAAUGGUCGCCGUCAGCAGGACUCCUUCCUCUGCCCCAACGGCACCAUCUUCAACCAACAGUACCUCGUCUGUGACUGGUGGUUCAACUUCGACUGCGCUGACGCUGAAGACUUCUACUCAGUCAACGAGCAGAUUGGCGUCGUUGUCUACGACCCUUAUGGCAGAAGUCACAACGGUAACGGCAAUGGCAACGGUAACAAUGGUUAUGGUUCAAAUGGCAACGGAAAUGGAAGAAAAAACAAGAAUGGUAAGAACAAUGGAAAUGGCAAAAAGAAUGGAAACCAAAAUGGUAACGGUUAUGGUUCCAAUGGCAAUGGCGCACCUGCCCUUCCCAGCAAUGGAUAUGGAGCCCCAGCUGCUCCUAUGAAUGGCUACGGACCACCAGCUGUUUCUAUGAAUGGAUAUUGAGCCCCUCAACGUUCGGACUCAUAUGGAGCUCCAUUCUGAGUCAGAUUCCUCAUCGCUAUCCUUAAUUCGAUCACCCAGCUUUGAUAAACGAACAAAUAACUAUAGACAGUUGCUUCAAAAGGACCUAUGACCCGCCAACAUAAAUGUUUAUCCAUAAAUGUAUAUUUUUGUAUUGUAAAUAAAAAUGAAUAA